AUAGCUGCAACUGCCCUUUUACAGAAUGGGCAGGCACCAAAGUAUUUUUCUGAAGAACUGUUGAAUGACAUUUUUGUUAGUGAUGAAUUAGCCAGUUCAAAGUGUGUUUCAAAGCUUCAUCAAGGACUAGAUACUCCUGGAAUUCACUUGUUUGCCCAAAAGUUCCCAAUGUUCCUUUACCUGCUUAGACCACCCCAAAACAAUACCAAAUUGAAAGUUCCAUUCAUCCUUCAUCUCCUUAAACCCAUGUUCUCUGAGGAAGGCUCUAACAGUCUAAAGUACAAGAAAGCUGUUUGUAGUAAGUUUGUCAAGUACCUGCAAGAUGUGACAAGUGGGCGUACAGUGACCACAUUGGAAAACAUAUUCGAAUUGGCCACAGGAGCAAGUGAGGAGCAACUGUUGGGCUUUACCCAACAAUCAAGCAUUUAUUUUAUGGUUCCCUAUGUGCCUGCUAGAAAGAUCACAGAAGACAACAUCGGUGAAGAACAGGUAAACAAUAGUAUGUAAAUGAUGACUAUGGUAUUAGCCACUCCAAGCUUAUGGGUUGUGUCACCAGACCUGCAAAUAUCAUCAUGUUAAUUGACAAUUAGUUGCUGAUUAGUCGCUAGAUUUUCCUGCUGAGCAAUCAACUUCUCACGCUUGUACUUGUCCUAUUGGCAAGGACCAGGCAAGUCAUCUUCUAACUAAAUCAUAACCUGAAACAUUCAUUCAAUGCCCUCAGGCUAGCAAAAUGUGAGAACAGCUUGUUCAAACACAAGCUGGAAUUCAAGUUUUUUUGAAGUCCUGCUACACGUAUUACUGUUUGUUUUCCAGUAUAUGAGAUUUUUGAUAGCUCAAAAGUCAUUUUCACUCUGUUAUUUUUUCCAGGGUACACAAAAGAAAAGGAUCACUACUGAUUGCUUGCUAAAGGCCCAUACCUGUUCUAAUACUUUACAUUUACCAAGAGGAACCCCAAGCCUCCCUCUGCCAGCAGAUGGAGAAUUGUUCAAACUUUAUGACCAUGCUUUCAAGAAUGUAUAUUUUCGGGUUGUCUGA